AAAGGAAGAAGAGUUUUGGCAAAUUGAUUAAAAAAAAAGAUACAUCUAAAAAAUUAUAUGAAUGGUAUAUAAAUAAAAUAAAGUAUAUGGCCCUCACUAUGUUUGAGCCCAGAAUAGGACUGGACUGUUUUUGCUAUUUAUUUUUUGCAGUCUUUUUUUUUCUGAACCAUUUGGGCAAAACAAUGCUUUUUACAGUAUAUGUUUAUUAUCAUCAAUAUUAGUUUUGAGGUACUUCUAUUAGAUUGGGUUAAUAAAAACUCCAGAGGGUUCAGGAAACAUGUUUUUGAGAAAAAUGUGAGCACUCAUAUUUUCAGGGUAAGACUAAGACAUUUCUAUGAUAUGUAUAAGAACAAAAAUGCUCAUUUUAGAUUGCAGUCAUUAUCACAUAUGCCAGAGCACUCAUCUCAAAAAGCAAGACAAUGCAUUGUUACUGACCAAUAUGUUUCAGAAUAAGUGUUGUUGCAUGAUUUCUGCUACCCCCAGAAGCCCCUGAGAGCACCAUCUACUCCAGAGAGGAUGUGAAGCUUGGGGAAAACAAUACUCUCAUCUGUUUUGGGAAUAAUUUUUUUCCCCCCCCUGUGAAAAUGUAUUGGAAGAAGAAUGGCAUGGAGGUGACUGAGGGAACAUCUCUUAGUCAAUACUAUCCUAAUAAAGAUGGAACAUUCCACCAGUUUUCUACCCUGAGUUUCACCCCAGAGGAGGGGGACAUUUAUGCCUGCACUGUGGAGCACACUGCCUUGAACAAACCCCAAACCAGGUUCUGGGAGUAUAAGAACAGUGAGAUGAAUGGCUCCAGUGCUGGCUCUGCUGUGUUCUGUGGACUGGGCCUGGUUCUGGGGCUAUUGGGGGUGGCUUCUGGAAUAUUCCUCUAUGUCAAAGGACAACAGUUCAACUGAGUAGUGGAUGACACAUUUAACAUGGGAAAAGUCCUCACUUUUACCAUUUUGUAGGGAAACGUGACAAAGAAUGGAAUAAUAUGAGCUCUUAAUAGCAACUAUUGAUUUAUCACAUGUAUUGUAUACAGAGCUGUAUUGAAUGUAACGUAUUCUUAAUAACGAAUGUAAAUAAAAUGCACAUUAAUGACUUACAUAUGGGUUAUGUCAAUAGAAUACACUGUUG